AUGAUGCGUCAUCUCCAGACAGACAGAAGUGAGUGGGUGGGUUUUUCACAGGGUACUCAAAGGGCAACUCUUUCUUUGUUUCUUUCUUUAACAUCAUUAAACUUUACAGAUCUUUCAAUCUGAUCGAGUCUUCCUGGGCUUUCUUUGGACAUUAUUUAUGUCUUUCUCGUUACACUGGGCUUGCUUACGUAGGAGCUGAGGAAUGUACCAAUCUGUUUUUUUUUCUUAAAGAAAUAAGUGUCUGGGAAUCGCAAUAAUCCACUUAUUUUUUAGUCUGUGGAUUUUACAUCUCUCUCGUGUGGCUUUAUUCCCUCACUUUAAUAUGAUAUAUUUAUUAUAUAUAAUAAAUACACUGUUUGUUCCCUCUCAUUUGUCCAUCACUUGAAGUGCUGAUGAUAAGAGCUUGAAGACAAGGAGUCUCCCUCCUGUCUCUUUGUGCUGUUCGUGUCUUUCUUCUGAAGUCAGCGGUGGGUGGGAAAAUUAUAAGCUUCCUGGCUCUUGGAACGUACGGGGAAGCUGGCAUUCAAAAUUAAAUUAGGUUUUGAAAGCAUAACAGCAAAGCACAAGGUCAACUUCAAAUGCUUUCUUAGCUCCACUCCAACCACAUUUUGGAAAGAUAGAUCAAAAAUAUGAAAUGGCAGUGUGGUGUGUCUACAUGAUCUGAAGUGAACAAAGUUAUCUAUUAAAAACUUUAUGUGGAUCGAUUUGGCAUGGAUUAGCAGUGAGUAAUGUUGAAAUCAUGGACUGUUCUCUACUUCUUCAGUUGUUUUCUUAACAUGUGGAAAAUAUUGUUCAUGAUAGAGUAGUUGCUUCAGAUGCACAUGUUCCACAUCCCGCCACUGACACAGCCAGCCCUGUUCAUGCCUCACAUUCAUCUAGACCACCAAAUAACUCUUAAGCACGUUUGAUUUUUAAUAACACACCACCUCUCGGUUCAGGAAUGUGUUAGAUCUGUAAAGACAAAGGUGUGGUGGAAAACAGAGGGCGUCUGUCUCCGAGAGGCUAAGCUAGCUGACAGACAGAGUCGCUGAGCGAUUUUGGGUCAUAAAUUCUGCCAAUGAACGCCGAGGUGAUGAUUUAAAGGGAAAGUCCGCCGGAGAGUAAAACCCUUUGUUAUGAUCUCAGCUUUUAAACGUUGUGCCCAUUUCAGCUUGUAAUGUGGUGCAGUCGCUCCACCGCAGCAGCAUUCUGAGGAGGCGAUACACCCUUGACUUAAUAGCACGCUCACACAAACAAACACACCCACUUACAAACAAAAUCUGCAGGAAACAUUAGUCUGUGCAUGGCUUGAACUUAAAGGAGGAAGAUGUGAAGCGGAGGUUUGUGCGUCAGGAUAAUCAAGGCACGAAGUGCAGGUGUAAUACCACCUGCCGUCGGAGCUUUAACUUGAUACGUGACUCUUGUGACCCUGGAAACCUUCCUCACCCCUGAAUCCGAGCAGAAAGUAGCGCUCAUGUUUUCACUUCUGUCAUAUCAUGAAUAAACAUGAAUAAACACGAAUAAACACGUCACCCAGUGCCAAUGGAAGCCAGGCAUGCGCAUGCAUCACACUGACUCCACUGUUUUAGAGAUGAUGUUAUAUGCUUAAGGCCAUGAGCUAUUCAAAACCUCCAUAGUUCCUCCUUCCUGAACACAGACUCAGUCAUCCAGAGAAUGCUGUUGCAGAAUGCACUUUGUGCUGAGCCCUCUUUGCUCCCGUAUACAGUCUUCAUGUUCCGAUAGAUUUGACAUCAUAUACCUAAAUGGUCCACUGAGUGAUAAAGCCUCCUCCUGCAGAGUUGUUUUUUUUUUUUUAACACUUGGCUGGUUGUUAUGGAGGCAUUUUUGUUUACCAUGGAAAGGAUCCCACGAUCAUCUACCAGACUUCAAUAAAGUCCUGAAACAGUUGCAUCUUGGCUGCUUGUGUCGUCUUGCCACCCAGCAGACAUCAUGGCAGUAUCUCUGGGCAGUUAUAGCCAGUUACGAACACCUAAAAAACAAAUUUAUAUGUUUAUUUCUGCUGUUAAGUUAGGCAUUUUAACACUAUAACAUGGGAGCUCAGGGGCUGACCACGUUUUAAAGCCUGUCUGAAAUGGCCUCUUUGAGGAUCUUCAGAUUUUUGCUCUUUCACUCUGGCUUAAUUUGAAAUUUCCAGAUGUUGCAGGUUGUUUUUUUUUUUUCUGUUAACUCAGACAUUUCUGUUUAAAGCGCCAUGAAAUGCUUUUUGUAAAUAAAUAUAUGGGUUUUUUUCUAUGACAUUACACAACAAAACGCUCACAGCAGCAUGUAACACAUAGAGAAGAACAUCUUAACAGUUGUCAGGAAGCCCAAAAAGGAAGGAAUAAGGUCAUCUGCAAUCUCACAGCUGAUGAUAUUUCCUACAUCUAUAGUCUCUCUUGCUGUUUAGGUGUGUCCGGAUUUGAUUUUAAAAUGAAAUUCUCUUCUUUUUUUUAAACUACAGUUUAAUUAGAGCUGCAGGCUCACUUUGCUCUUCGUCAGGACUAUAUUUUACAACCUUUCAAGGGUGGAGUUUGUUCCUUUAAACAGCCAGAAGACACAAACAACAGAGUUUUCCCUCCAAAAACUGGACUAUCUGUCAUAACAAAUCAACGUAGAAUUGUCAUCUCUGUAUGCUGUGAAUGACCCUUUUUUGGCGUUUUUGACUGUUUUUCUGUUUAAAAUAGAUAAACCAGUGUGUUUCACAACUCAGUGUAAAAAUAGACCGGUCACAGAAACAACAGAUGUGAUAUAUAUAAUCAUGCACCAAGCAGAUGAUGUGUGUUAUCCACAGAGUAUUGUUUGUGUAAUCAGCAUUGUUGCAUGUAGCAUGGCGCAGCGUCGGGCUAAAAACAUCAAGAGGUUUUAUUCACAGGAGUCCAAGAAAUUCAACUCCAGGUAUGAAAAAUGUUCUCUCUUCUCUUUUUUGAGGAGCUGGAUCAUGUCUCAUUCAGACACAUUCCCAGCUCAAGUCCAGACUGUCUACAGUUAGUUGUUUCCACAGCCUCUGUGCGUUUAGAUUGUGUAAUCUAAUGUAAGAUUCGGGGAAAAAAGUCCUCUGGCUCUUUUUCUGUGUCUGCAAUCUCAAUUUUCAAGGCCCUCAUUUUCCCAGUUUCCUCUCAUUCGAAAUCCAGUUCUGAGAUGAAAUGUGAACCUUGGAAACUGGAGCUCUUAUGUCAGAGUUAAGUAGUCUUCAGUCUGUGCCUGAGCCUUUCCACCUGAUUCUGCAUGUUGCUGCCUGCACCCAGUCCUAGUGGUUAAAGUCCUCUGUCACAAAGUGUUAUAGGCAGACUUCCUCUGAAGUGUCCAUGUUGCUUCAGAGUGAAAAUAUUUUAUGCCACUUGUUGGGUGUUUCAUUGAAGUUCUUUCAUUUUUCUGCCAGACUUUCACCAUAUGAGGAUGUCCCUGCUGUGCUUAAAGUGAUCUAGUCCCCUAAUUACCCCACAGCCCAGACUCCUCGGCAGUCCGCAACUAAUUACUUCCACGUGUGCGAACCUGGCUCAGCAACAGUGAGAGGCCUCCUCUCCUCUCCUCUUCAAAGUUAAUGUUGUAGCGAUACAGGAGGGGUAAGCUCUAUAGUGAAUGUUUGUUUGGUGAAAAAUGGAUUUGAAGUUUUGAGUGAUUAAGCAGAACUCGUGUAGAAGAGAUGGUGGACUCUAUAUUUAGGCAGAAGUCUGAAGCGGUGGUGAGGAGGAGGAAGACAACAGUGAGUGCAUUUAACAAAGAGGCUGUAAUUCAACUUCAAGUGACACGAAAAGAGACAAAGGAGGAAAACACGGCAGGAAAAUAACCGAGGGGAAACCAUUCUGACAAAGGGAGUUGGAUUAAUAGGAGAAAAGUUUUGGAUCUUGGUAAUCAAAGGGAGGGUGUGAGGAAAUGAGAACAAUGGAGCUGAAAAAUGAAACAAAAACAUUGUGUGAACACCACAAGUGAGCACCCUGUCAUUUGAAGUCUAGUUUCUUUCUUGCUUGUCAGAAAAUAACAGUUGCUUUCAUCCAGUCAAAUUUUUUUGUUUGUUUUCUUGACUAAUUGGUUGGUUUAUAACCUAAAAAAGGGCCUUAAAUGCAGUCGGAUUCUGUUGUUCAAACAGACCUCUAGCUUUUUUAAAUUAAUGAAUUGGUCAACAUUUUGGAAAGCACACACAUUCCUUUGGCAGAGACUUUGAUGACAGCUAAUAAUACUCAGAUUUUUCUCUUACAUAAAAGACACAUUAAAGACACAAUCACAGCAUCAUUAAAGCUCUUAACCUGACGAGUAGUGUCCACAGCUGCUUUUUAACCACAAACCUCUUGGAGUUUCCACAGGUUGCUGCCAGCUGCCUGAUUUACUAUCAAAAUGUGUGAAUCUAUUAACCGACUGACUCCUUUUUUAAGCUCAGACACAGUAUUUCUCUUACUGAAAAAAAUUUCUUAUGUAAUACAAGAUGGAAAGCUUAGACUGUCUUAAAGAUGAACAUCUUUAUGCGGCACUGUGAAAAAAAAAUGGUGCACUUUAUCAAACCGCUGAGCCCUGCCUUGAAGAAACACGCCUUUAUUUUUUUUAACUCAUUGUUAGAUUACUGUGUGAGCAUCAUCAUUCAGAUGUUUCGCUCUAACAGUCACAUUGUUAUGCACCCUAUAUACACCUUUUCUGGAUGUGUUUAGUUAUAAUGUGUCAUUUUCCCGAAGCAUCUGUUUCAUGUCAAUCAUACUGCCAUGACAUCAUCACGCAGCUGCGGCUGCACACCUGUGAUGUGAAUCCCCUAUUCCAUCACAUGAGAUGAUGCUGAUGACUGCUGACGUACGUUUGACUACAGUGAACUUAUUAUCAUGUUGCAAGAAACCAGUUUGAGAUGUUUUUAACUUUGUGGCAUGGGGCGUUAUCCUGCCUACGCUGUUGACACAGGACAGGAUGGUUCCAUGUUUUCAUGUUGAGACCAGGCAACAUCUGCUGCAGUGUCUCGUGACACCUUGUGCGUUCAGAGAUGCUCCUCUGCAUACCUUGAUUGUAACAAGUGGCUGCUAACCUUACUGCUGCCUUCCUAUCGACUUGAAGCAGUCAUUCUGCCUUGACCUCUUACAUCAACAAGGCAUUUUCUGCCACAAACUGGAUAUUUUCUUUUUUUGGCUUAUUGUCUGUAAACACUAGAGAUGACUGUGGAGUAAAAUUUCAGCAGGUCAGCAGUUUCUAAAGCACUCAGCCCGUCCGGCACCAAAAACCGCGGCAGUUUCAAACGAUCUUUCUUUUCCUAUUUUGAUGCACAGUUUGAACAAAAUGUAUUGAUUUGGCUCCAUGUGAUUGGCUGAUAAGAUUAAACAAGUUGCACUAAUGAGCAGUCGAACUGCUGUGCCUAAUGAAGUGGCCAGUGAGUAUUUUUUGCUGUGUGAUGUAAUUGCAGCACGUUUAAUAAUAACUGUCUUGAUUUGCUCUUAAGUAUACGUGUGGCUUAUGAUGUUAAUUCAUAAUUGCAGUGCAUGUGUUUGGAAGUCUUACUGACGCUCAGGUAUCACAAACAUUUGGGAUGUUACAAAGACCUAACAUGGAUCGAAGCACAAUAACGAGAUGGCCUUCAUGACUAAGCUUUCACUCCCACUUCACUAGCUUGUUUGGGUUUUAUCUUUCUCUGUGGAUUCAUCACUGCUUGCUGUUUUCUUACAGUCCUGCUCUCUCUCUCUCUCUCUCUCUUAUCUCUUUCCUGCGAUUGUUCUUAUUGUGGGAAUUUCAACAACUUUGCACUUAAAUAAACACAGCGGGGAACCUAAUAAACCUGCAGUGAGUACUGUAUAUGCCUUUAAGGCCAGCCGCUUUCCCACGAACUUCAAGAUCUUUCCCAUAUGCCACAGUGAAGCCGUUAUACAGAUCAAUGACUUUACCUGCUUUCUUGCUCAGGCCGACUGGCUUCAGGGACUCAUUCAUUUUUUUUAUAGUGGCACGGUUCAAAGUGAAGAUUUUACGCUGCCCUGCUUAUGCUGCAAACCCGUUGGUCUGUCUUCCAUACUUAUGCUGUACAUUACUGAAUCAUAAGGCUGUUCACAUCACUCUAUGAAAGAUCAUAUAAAAGUCUGCCUCUGACUCAGGGGAUCCUAAAUCAGCACUUUCAGUCUGACAAAACUCAUGAAUACAUAUUGAUGGAUUUCAAAGUAUGAAAUACUUGUAUUUUAGUGAAUCAAUGAAUUCAUGCUUUAUCAACUUAUAUUUCUAAGACUGCGCCUGUUGCCUUUUCCUCUCUGCAGUUGUGUGUCCCUUGACGUGUUUGAAUGGAGGAGUAUGCAGCUCGAGGAAGCACUGCCUGUGCCCUCCCGGCUUCACCGGUCGACUCUGCCAGUUUCCUCUCCAGCAAGCCCAGGCAGCGCGAGGCAACGAGCAGCCUGUGUACCCCGUAGCUUUAAAGCCAGACGGCCAGAAAUUUGUGGAGUCAAGCAUAAGCCGCAGCCAGUUUACACACACGUCGUCAAUGUCAAUCUUCAACGUCCCCUUAUCACAGCCGGGGCAUCACUCCUCAGAAGUGCAGUUUAAUGUACGUGUUCACCACACGCCAGACACCUCCGUAAUCAUUCACUCACUCGACUCAAUGGAUAUCAAACCUCCUCACAAAACGGGGACACGCCAGGUCCUGGUGAGGCGCAAACCAAAGGGGCGCUGCUUUCAAGAGACCACGCCCAAACAAGCCUGCAACAGCACCCCGCUUCCUGUUCUGACCAAUCAGGAGGAUUGCUGUGGGAGUGUGGGGAAUUCAUGGGGACAAAACAAAUGUUAUCAGUGCCCCAAAUUACCAAAUGCAUCAGUCAAACAGAACAUUGUGGAAGACUAUGGCUCUACUUGUCCCCAAGGCUAUAAAAGAUUCAACAGCACUCACUGUAAAGAUAUCAACGAGUGCUCCAUGCAGGGCGUCUGUCAGAACGGAGACUGUUUGAACACACUGGGCAGCUUCAAGUGUUCAUGCAAAUCUGGUUUUGUCUUGGAGAGAAAUCGAUGUGUUGAGUAUCCCCCUCUGGGUCAGUGCUUCCGGAUAGCAUCCAACGACAGGAGCUGCAAUUACCCGCUGCCGACCCCCCACACCCAGGUGGUAUGCUGCUGCACAGUGGGCAAAGCCUGGGGCCGAAACUGUGAAAGAUGUCCUGAGGAGGGCACAGGUGAGUCAGUUUACGGGUUUUACUUCCUGCCACGUCGAGCGUCGUGUUCGUUUUUGUCACGGGGACAUCAGUCCACUCGCUGCACACCAGCAUAGUCUAGAAACAAAGUUACUUAUUUAUGAUCAACAGAGAAUUCCUCUUUAAAUAAAUAAUCAUUAUUUUCAUUUAGCUAGAUAUAUUGUAGAGAUUUUUCCAGGUCAUUAUGCAGCUCAGCUCUUCAUUCUUGAUGACAUGAAUGUUUGAAAUAGAAAUAAUAAUAACAAAAGAAAGCGUUCGAGCUUUCCAUUUUGUUGCCCAUGCUUGAAGAUACAGUUUGCUGCUGUGUUUGAUAAUUAGUUAAAAUAGUUGCACAAAAUAAAUCGCUACAGCUUCUCAGAUGUAAACAGUUUCUGCUCUCCUCAGUCUGAUGGGAUGAAUAGAAUAAGAAAAAAAAGCAGGAUAUUUUGAACUGUUUGGCCAUUAAGUGAACUAAGUAGAAUAUACUUAAUUUUCUUUUCAUAAUUUAAUUUAAAUGGGAACGCCU